AUGGAGGUGCAUCAUGAGAAUAUGGAUACACCCGGCACAUUAACGCUAACAACGGACGUGGUAAUGAAUCGGGCGGGAGUCUACGACUUAGUGGCGCUGAAAGAGUUGAUUCUGCGCGAUGAAGAGCUGACACACGUAGAUGAGACUUGUGCUCAAACUCUAGCGUCGCUAGAGAUUCUGUCGCUUUCGCACAACCGCUUGGCAUCACUGGAACAUUUUCAGUAUUUGGUCAACCUGAUUGAGCUUAAUGUGAAUUUUAACCAGAUCGAGAGACUCGACAAUUUACAGUGCAGUGGACUGGAGAAAUUGUUCAUUGCCAACAACAAGAUCGUGGAUAUAUCUCCUCUGCGUAAACUUCCCGAGCUUAAUACGCUGUCCGUGUAUGGAAAUUGCAUUACUGAUCUUGAUUCAGCAUUGCACACCUGUCGUAGCCUACCGAGGCUGCGAUCACUGGAUUUGGGUGGGAACCCAUGUUCACGCGAUGUAGAAGGAUAUAAAUUCCGAGUUGUGAAAGCACUUUCGCGUCUCAAAAUGCUGGAUGGCGACCACAUUACUCAGCUCGACAAAGAGUUGACCGAAGAGUUCUUUGCUUCCAUGCACAGGGGCUCAAAACAGAGAAACAACGGAUUUAUUGGAGCCCGGCCAUUUACAGCACCUGCUGCCGGAGUACGAGGAAGUUUGGCAGCGACAAUUCCGGAAACUACGGUUUCGAACGGUACCGAUCCCUUCGCAAGUAAUCUUAUGCCCCGUGGCAAUGUUCGUCUGUUCCGCGAUGACUUUCUCAACAAUAAUCCGAUUCUACUAGAGUAUUUAUCCCAGGACGCUGGCGGUGUGUCAGCAAGUGUAGAAAACACUAGCAACUCCACGCUUGAAAGUGACCAGGUCACAGAUGACAACUCUCUACCAACCACAUCGAGCUUUGUCGAUAAAAUGCGCAGUGCCAACCCUUUGCCAAGAAGCGAAACGGGAACUACUGUCGCUGAUGCAGUGGACUCAACAAACCCUGGCGGUUUAAAGAAACUGAGUUUGUCUCCAAGUGUGUCGACGUCGCAUUUGGGUGUCGAUCCGUCGGACCCGAACACUACGAUUCGGAAGUUGCUCAAGCAUAUCGAAGUGCUGAUGGAAACCCUGGACAAGUGCAAGAAUCAUCAACUUGACGCAGUUAGUAAGUCACUAUUGGAAGAGAACAAGCAGCUACAAACCGAGAACAAUAACCUUCCGAUCCUCCAAGAGGAGAUUCGAGACUUGAAAAAACAAUUAGCCAGCGCUCAAGGGGACCCUGGUGAAGCAAGAAUGCUCGAAACGAAACGCGUCAAGUCAUUAGAGCAACAAAAUGCGAGUUUACAACGGGAGAACGCGCGACUGCGAGAAAUGCUGCUGCGCCAAACAAAAGAGACUGAAAAAUCCCUCAACGAUCUGAAAUCUCCACGAACACCUUCAGACGGAAACGAAACAGCAGCGAAACAUCAAUCUCAACGUUUAGCUCACUCAGAGCUGCUUGAUGAAUCUUCGUUAAUCGACAUGGAGCUGACUGAGCUCAUACUACACAAUGAAGUUUCACUGGAGCUCAUCCGAAAUGGCAUCAAAAACACGAAAAAGGAGUGGGAAGAACACUUCCAGCAAGCAAAAGUGGAGGACACUGCACGAGUACGUCCUCAGACAUCCAUGGGGUUCACUUCCUAUAGCAGUAGAUCAAGAGAAGGCUUGGACAGUUUCCUCGGUGUGGCUCAGGAUGCAGCUACACGAGAUCGACGGCUGCACACAUCGGCAGGCUUUCGCAACGGACCUGAAGCGCAUCUGCUUCGACAAAUGCCAGUACAUCCUCUCACCAGCAUUCGCGAGACGAGCAGUAGUGACGGCAGUUCGACGACAAACAUUCUUACCUUAUAA